AUGCAUCAUCUCGGUAAUGAUGAAACUGCCCAUGAUGAGGCUUACCCGAGCCCUAGACCACGCAAGCCUCAGCGCAAGCAGCGGCCCUGCUACAGCUGCGCAGGUGAGUUGAAGGAAGUUCGGACUGGAACCGGGGUUGCGCCCAGGGCUAAUUUCAAUUAUGCCCAGAAUCAAAAUCAAUCUUCCAAGCUAGAACAGUUCCUCACAGUGCCGUGCUCAAAUUGUGUCCGAAGAAACCGGGUCGAGUUUUGCACUCCGGCUACCGGUGGUAGAGAUAAUUCUAGGUUUGCCCAUUGCUCUCAAACUGGAGUAGAUGAGACUGUAGCUAAGCUGCGAAACCUUGGCCAGAACAUUUCACCCGACGCCAUUAUCGUGGAUCACCACCAUAUGCAUCAAGGCCACCAAGACCAUCAACAGCAACCUGUGGUGGUUUCAGCUUCUAUCCAAGAGGCUCAGGUUGUAAAUCCGGUGCAGCAACCCACGGCCGGCCCCCAGAAUCACACUCUACAUGGGAACCAUCACCAAUUAGACACGCUCGCCUUGCUUGCCCAAGCUCUAGGUCCCUAUGCCGCACAAGCCUCUUCUCUAAAUACCCCUGGCUCGAGACCCCCUGGUGGAAGACCAGAGUCUUUAUACAAUCCUCCCACCGGAGGAAGCGGUUCCACCAAUGCUGCAGGGCGAUCAACAGACGACGAUGAACAAGUAGGCUCUUUUGGCACAUUGAUGUUGAGCAAGAGAGGCCGAUCCAAAUAUUUAGGUCCUACCGCGGGCAGCGAAUGGCUUAAUGAGUCGGAAACACAAGACGUCUCCGAGACGCCAUUGGCAACUCGUGCACCUUCGCCAGCACUACCACAAGACUCCGCCUCCAUACAGACCACCCAUAACAAUCCACAUGCAACGACCCCGAUUGGAUUUCCCCUGAGCGCCUCGGCAGCUCAUAUAAGCACUCGAGACUUGAUUUCAUGCUUGCCACCAAAGGAGGAAGCAUGGGACCUAUGCGAAUCAUACUAUCGCUAUUGCGCUUGGCACCAUGAUGUUGCGCCGAGAAGCCAGUUUGAACGGACCUUUGACCGAGUCUAUAAAAUAUCAGGAAGCGGAACCUCAUCACCAAUAAAUCCACAAGAAAUUGCGCUCGUGUUCAUUGUCAUGGCCCAGGGUACCAUGUUCAACAUUGAGAUGCCCAACUUUGAUUCUUCAGCAGAAGACUGGUUACAUUUAGCAGAGCGGGCUCUAGUCAAAGGAGACUUUCUGUCUAAUAACACACUCGCCGGGGUGCAAACGCUGGGUCGCCAUGGGGACAACGCAUGGCCGAUCUGGGGCCUUGUCAUGCGUUUAGUUCAGGCAAUGGGUAUGCAUCGGGAUGGUGACCGUUGGAACUUGCCACACGAUGUCGCCGAGGAACGACGCAAGGUAUUCUGGGAAUGCAAUGCUGCCGAUGUCUUCCAGGCACACUGCUUCUCAAGACCAGCUGCCAUCAACCCUGAACACUGCGAUACCGCCUUCCCCUCUGGACAGCCACACCCUAACGGAGAAAAGAGUUAUUCGAUACUGAGAUUCGAACUGUCUCAACUUUCAGCUGAAAUCCUGAACAUGGCAAUGAAGGUGCGCAAGCCAGCAUACUCUGAAGUUACGGAACUGGGGCUCAGGCUCCUUGAGUUUGAACGUAAUAUUCCCUUUUCUCUUCGCUGCCGAGCAGCCCUCUUGGCCAUGCCAUCGCAAUAUCCUGUUGCGGAGGCCGCCAUUAACGCAUCCCCAGAACCAUCGCGAAGAUCAGUGACCAUUUCCUUCCAGCAAUCUAACUUUGCACUUAAUGUGUCUGAGACAAUCAUCAAUCUUCAUCGGCCCUAUUACGCGAAAGCCUUGUAUGAAGUUGAUCGUGUCGAAUCAAUAUACAAAACCUCAUUCUAUACCGUCAUUGAACGUUGCGCGAUCAUCAUCGGCUUGGUGACCGACAUUCAUACUCGAUUUCCCGCCGUCAGUACGAGACAAUGGAACUUCUGGUAUCAUGUGUUCAACUCGGCUUUGUGUCUGGGAACGCUCGUGUUGCGCGAUCCAGGCAACAUCAUGAGUAGCUUCGUCCUUACCCAACUCGAUGCCUCCAUCAGUCUGUUUACGUCGCUACUUCAACAUGGAGCCCGCACCCCUCGAUACAAGCGUAAUUUGCAGUGGCUGAUCAAACUAAGAGCCCGCGCGUUGACUGAGAUAUCGACGGCAUCUACGGCUCAAAGGAAUGGUGCAGAAAGGGAUGUUGAUCAAAGUCAUGGCAAUAAUGCUGAAGAACAAAGAGACGAUGAAGAUGUGGAGCUGCUUGGCUGGAGAACCAGGCUCAUUGAGCGGGCUGGCCAGGAUCGCCAGAAAAUCAUCAGGACGAUUAAUCUCACUACUGCUCCAGCUAGUUCUAACUUUCCAGAAGGUGAUAACUUGCAACAAAAGGAGAGCAUGCCUGAUGGGCAGAUAGGCGCCUUGGACUUGGGUCUAUCUAAUGCAUCGCUUCCGAUGGCAACACUAGAUUCGAUGAACGACGUGCUACACGAAUUUUGGGAUCCGAUGCUCUUACAGGAUGUGUUUGAGGGAUCUCAAGAUCAGUCUAAUCCUUUUCUGAUGAGUCGAGCAACUUGGUGGGAUGAAAAUGCACCGGCCACAGAUGCUGUGUGA